GCACGUCCUCUUUCAUACACAACCCCUCUUCUUCUCCACCUUCUCUCCAUUUUCUCUUUCUCUCAUAUCUCUCUCUACUUCUACUCCUCUUUCUCCAUCUGCAACUCAUAUAUUUCCAAAAGUGAUCACCAUCAACGACAUAUCCGAUUCUUGAUCCGACCCUUCUUUCCUCGCUUAAUUUCUUGUAAAUAUAUAUAACUAUAGUCUAUAGUCUAUAGUCUAUAGUGCAUAUAUAUAAAACAUGAAGCGAGGUCUAGAGAUGGCGAGAAACUACAAUGAUCAUGAAAGCAGUCAAGAAACCGGACCCGAAUCACCAAAUUCUUCAACCUUCAACGACAUGAAAGCUCUUAUCUCUUCUCAUUCACCUAAAAGAAGCAGGAGAUCCAUAGAGAAGAGAGUAGUGAACGUACCGAUGAAAGAAAUGGAAGGAUCUCGGCACAAAGGUGACACAACUCCGCCGUCAGAUUCAUGGGCUUGGCGUAAGUACGGCCAAAAGCCCAUUAAGGGAUCUCCUUACCCUAGAGGUUAUUACCGUUGUAGUAGCACAAAAGGUUGUCCGGCGAGGAAGCAAGUCGAGAGAAGCAGAGAUGAUCCAACGAUGAUCCUCAUCACUUACACUUCUGAGCAUAACCAUCCUUGGCCUAUCACUUCUUCCACAAGAAACGGGCCUAAACCCAAACCCGAGCCCAAACCUGAACCCGAGCCUGAGGUAGAGCCAGAGGCCGAGGAAGAGGAUAACAAGUUUAUGGUUCUUGGAAGGGAGAUUGAAACAACGCCGUCUUGCGUCGACGAGUUCGCGUGGUUUACGGAGAUGGAGACAACAUCUUCGACCAUUCUUGAGAGCCCGAUUUUUUCGUCGGAGAAAAAGACGGCUGCCUCGGCGGCAGAUGAUGUGGCAGUGUUCUUUCCGCUGGGAGAGGAAGAUGAGUCUUUGUUCGCCGAUCUCGGCGAGUUGCCGGAGUGUUCGGUGGUGUUUCGUCACCGGAGUAGCGUAGUGGGGUCACAAGUUGAGAUCUUUUGACACGUGGUGAUAUUUUAUUGGAUAUUUGUUGUCGCUCACAUGGGAAGCGUUGUACGCACGGCGUUUUUGUUUUAGUUUCUCAACGGUAAUCAAUAAAUCAUCAUAUCAAAGACUCUCUAUACUUGUUAUUGAAAGAUCAAAAAAAAAGGUAUGAUUCGAUUUGUAAUUCCUUUUUUAAAAAAAAAGUUUACUACUCUCUACCCUUUGAGAAUUCCUCUUUUUCUCUAUUUAAUUUUUCUGGGAUAUUUAAUUUUAUAGGUUUAAUUGCAAUGUAGUUAGCUGAAUAAAAAUGGUUGUCAUUUUUAUGUAUAUGUAAUCGAUGUCGAUUUUAUUUGUAUUUUCACAUUGAUUGGUCAAGAGUGGAACGUUGAGAAGUGAGAGUUCA